AUGCAUACAACCGAUACAUUGUCUUCCUCCCCUUCUCGCGAGUGUCCACCUUGUAUGCACAAUUCACAAAACACUAGACGUACCAGGUACACACCUAAUGAUGGCCAAACGUUCGAGAAGCUCAAAAAAUGGACCGUGGGCCACGUUAGGGCUUUGGAAGAUCGGGUGGAUGAUGUAAAGAGGUGGUUAGUCGAUAAGGAAGCGGAGAAGGAAAAGGACAAAGAGAAGGACAAGGCAUCCGAAUCCGAGUCGCUAAGACACGCAGGUUCGACGGAUAGCGGGAAAGAUGAGAUCCAUGAACUCCGAGACGAAGUCAUCGAGCUCCAAGGGCGAUUGGGCGAACUAGGUCGGGAGAUGGUGAAAAUUGCCACGGCCCCCAAUAAUCUUUCUGCGGGACCUAGAACGCAGUCCGCCGCUGUAUCGCUAGCACCACAAACCACUUCCUCCAUAGUCACGCACUUCUUCCAACGCACUUAA